CUGUCACCUUAUAUAAACCUAUUGAUCCAUCAUAGUAGUAGUACCUCAUAUAUCUGUUCACAACAUUUUGUUUUUCUUACCAAAACGCCUCUAAAAAAAAUGCCGAUUCCCGGCGGCGACAACAGCCUCGUGUACGACGUAAAACUUUCGUCGGUAGUUCCGGCAAGUAUUACCGGAGAAAACAAAGUCCAUGAACUAACAAACAUGGAUUUGGUCAUGAAGCUUCAUUACAUCAAAGGUGUGUAUUUCUUCAAGGCUGAUGCGGUUCAAGGUUUGAGUACUAAUGAUUUGAAGAGGCCAUUGUUUCAAGUUUUGAUUCCUUACUACCCAACAUGUGGGAGAAUUAGAAUGUGGGAAUCCGGCGGCCGGCCGUACAUCCGAUGCAACGACAGCGGCGUUCGUAUCAUUGAGGCCAAGUGCGGUAAAACUGUAGAAGAAUGGCUGGAGAUGAAUGAUUCUUCACUUAAUGAUCAGCUCACUUAUAACCAAUUCUUUGGUCCUGAUUUGGGUUUUGACCCUCUUGUUUUCAUCCAGUUCACAUGGUUCAAAUGUGGAGGGCUCUCAGUAGGCCUAAGCUGGGCUCAUAUUCUUGGAGACGUAUUCUCAGCUUCUCAGUUCAUCAACACCUUGGGCAGCCAAAUUACGGUCACCGGCGGCCUAUUGCCGCCGGCCGGUAAUCAUUUGGAAAUCCCUCCGAUCACAGGGAACAAAGCCAUUAUUCCCAAAGUACCAUAUUGUCUCCAGAAGGUACAACUCGAUCCCGCCGGCGGCAAAUGGCUGGUUUCCAACCGUUGCAAAAUGCAGAGCCAUUCUUUCCAUAUAACCGCAGAACAUCUGAAUAAUCUGGCUAAAUUGUCUCCUAAAUUGGGGAAGAAGAAACCCUUUGAAGUAAUUUCAGCAACGAUUUGGAAAUCCAUAGCUAAAGUUCGAGGCAAAAUCGAAUCAUCAGAACCAAAAACUAUUACAAUUUGUUCGUACGAGAAAACCAAUCCUGCCGAACUAGUCUCACUUGGAAACUCCCAAGUGACCAUUUGGACAGUGGAAACAUCGAAACUUAAGGUUGGAGUUUCAGAAUCUGAUUUAACCGAAUUGGCCGACUUGAUUGAUGGAGAAAAGGUGGACGAAACAAGCAGGAUUGAAGAAGCUCUGGAGCAAGAAGAUAAUGGUGAUGGGAAAUGCGAGGAUUUCAUCUUGUACGGCGCAAAUUUGACGUUUGUGAAUCUAGAAGGGGUGAAGAUUUAUGGGUUGGAAUUGAAAGGGCAAAAACCAGUUCGUGCGAGCUAUAAUAUAAGCGGAAUUGGUGAUGAAGGGGUUGUUUUGGUUCUUCCUGCAGGGCCUAAUGAUGGAGAUGAAGAAAUGGGGCGAAUGGUAAAUUUGAUUCUUCCUGAAGAUCAAUUGGAGGAUUUGAAGAAAGAAUUGCAGAGUGAAUGGCGUAUUUUCUGAAGAAUUCAUGCAAAUUUUGAUCAUUCUCCCUGCAGACUCAGUCGUUGAACAUGUAUUAUUGCUACUAUAAUUCAUUUUCAGCUUCUUUUUUCUAAGUUAUAUUAUUGUGUACGUACUACUUUUUAUUUUUUUUUAUACUGCUUUGAAUACAAAAACAAAAGUUGUAUUCACAAAAUGUAUUAAUUUCUUUGAGCAGGCGAAAAAACAAUGCAUGUAAGAUCCAUUUAUCCAAACAAAGCCAACAUGCCCAAAAUCUAGGUCACAGAUAAUUAUACAUCA